AUGCCCCCGAAGAAGACGGUCCUCAUCACGGGCUGCAGCGCGGGCGGCAUCGGCGCGGCCCUCGCCGUCGCCUUCCAGAAGCGCGGCUUCCACGUCUUCGCCACCGCCCGCGAUCCCGCCAAGAUGCCGCCCGAGUUCGCACACCUCCCCGACGUGACGCGGCUCCCGCUCGACGUGACCUCCCGCGCGAGCAUCGAUGCGGCCGUCGCCGCCGUGCGCAAGGCCACGGGCGGCACGCUGGACAUCCUCGUCAACAACGCCGGCGUGCCGUACGUCGUGCCUGCGCUUGACGCCGACGUCCGCGUCGCGCGCGACGUGUUUGAUGCCAACUUCUUUGGCGUCCUGGAGACGACGAAGGCGUUUGCGCCGCUGCUUGUUGCGGCCGCGCCCGGGGCCAUCGUGGUGAAUAUCUGCUCGACUGCCGCGCAUAUCACCACGCCGUGGAUGGGCGUCUACGCGGCCUCGAAAGCUGCGAUGGAGCAGUACAGCGAGGCGCUGCGGCUGGAGCUGCGACCGUACGGCGUGCGCGUGCUCUCGGUGGUCGCCGGCGCCGUCGCGACCAAUAUGACGGCGAGCAGCCCGCCGCUGACCCUUCCGGAGGGGUCGUUUUUCAGGGUCUCCGAGGAGGAGACCAAGCGGCGGGAAGCUGGCGAGAGCUUUAUAAAGGGCAUGCCGGCGGAGGUGUUUGCCGAGAAGGUUGUUUCUGAUGCGCUGGGCGGCGUCACCGGUCGGGUGUACCGCGGGCUGGGGGCCACGUUUGUCUGGUUCCUUUCGAGCUGGUGUCCGCGGCUUGUGCAGGACAAGCUCGCCGUGACCAUGCGAGGUGGCGCAUUCGAGAGAGCGCUGUGA